CCAAUAUUUAUUUUGCUCCAUUCUCAUUUAUUUAUAGGUGAGUGAGUGAAUGAAGAAAACGCAGAACAUCAAUCAAUUAUACAAAGAUACAAGAGUGCAGAGAUGAAGAGUGCGAUUUGUAGGAGUAUGGGUCUCUCUCCCAACCAUCUCUUCAUAUCAGGGGACAGAUAUUCUUUUUGUAAAGGCCCAUAUUCCAAUCUCUGUGUUCCCAUGGCUGUGUUAACAAAGGGAUCUGGUAAAGGGGGAGGAAUCCUGGAAAAGCCAGUUAUUGAGAAAGCCACCCCAGGCCGGGAAUCUGAAUUUGAUUUGAAGAAAUCACGGAAAACAGCGCCGCCAUAUCGUGUAAUAUUGCACAAUGACAACUUCAACAAACGGGAGUAUGUUGUCCAAGUACUUAUGAAGGUGAUCCCUGGAAUGACCCUUGAUAAUGCAGUUAACAUCAUGCAAGAAGCUCACCACAAUGGAAUGUCAGUGGUGAUCAUCUGUGCCCAAGCCGACGCUGAAGAUCAUUGUAUGCAACUUAGAGGCAAUGGAUUACUCAGUUCAAUUGAACCUGCAGGUGAUGGUUGCUGAUGACACCUUUUCAAUGGCUUUAAUGCUAUUGAAGGGUGAGAUAAAAAAUAUCGGGUGUACAUAAUUUCCCCUUAAAAAAACAAAGAAAAACAGACAUAACUUGUGCAGAACUUGAUUAUCUUAUGAUGAAGACAACAACCUAUGAUUAUGAAUAAUGAAUAACAUAUAAUAAAACUUUUAUAGCUGGUUAUUUGA